GUGGAUGUAUAGGCUUGGGCUGUUUACCCUUUCAGUACUAAUCUCGUGAGGGUGGAAACACGCGCUGUGAAUGUCAAAGGGAAGCCACGGUUACAGAUUGAAAAUAUCAGGUUAUGUAAAUCCAUGCAUUGGUAAACAAAACAAUGCUACACACAUUUAAGCCGUCGCUGUGUCUGCUCCGAUGUUCGGGAAGGCUGACAGCUAGUGCCGCUUUCACUCGCUUCUAUCGCGGGGACAGAGUGGCGACUCUCGGUUGUCAGCCUGAUUUGAACUCUCCACUCUUCCAGGAGAAUUAUGAGCGAAUGCAAGCUUUAGUAACCGAGCUUAAAGAACGUGCAGACACAAUCAAAUUGGGAGGCGGAGAAAGAGCCAGGAAGCUACACACGUCAAGAGGAAAGCUGUUACCACGAGAGCGUGUUGACCGACUUAUUGAUCCGGGCUCUCCUUUUUUAGAGUUCUCCCAGUUUGCCGCUUACCAGCUGUAUGGUAAUGAGGAGGUGCCAGCAGGAGGGAUCAUAACAGGCAUUGGGCGAGUAUCUGGAGUGGAGUGUGUGAUUGUUGCCAAUGAUGCAACUGUGAAAGGCGGUACAUAUUAUCCAAUCACAGUGAAGAAGCAUCUUCGGGCCCAAGAAAUCGCUCAGCAGAAUCACCUGCCCUGUAUUUAUUUAGUUGAUUCAGGAGGGGCAAAUUUACCAAGGCAAGCAGAUGUGUUCCCAGACAGAGAUCAUUUUGGGCGUAUUUUCUUCAACCAGGCACGUCUGUCUUCUGAACGCAUUGCACAGAUCGCUGUCGUGAUGGGAUCCUGUACAGCGGGUGGAGCGUAUGUACCUGCUAUGGCUGAUGAAAGCAUUAUAGUGAGAAAGCAAGGGACAAUCUUCCUAGGAGGCCCUCCUCUGGUGAAAGCUGCAACCGGUGAGGAGGUAUCAGCUGAGGAUCUAGGUGGUGCAGACCUUCACUGCAGAAAGUCUGGAGUCACAGAUCACUACGCCCUCGAUGAUGCCCAUGCGCUCCAUUUAGCCAGAAAAGCUGUGAGAAAUUUGAACUACCAGAAGAAAGUGGAUGUGACUGUGGAACGUCCAGAGGACCCACUGUUUCCUGCAGAUGAAAUAUAUGGUAUCGUUGGUGACAACUUGAAAAGAAACUUUGACGUCCGAGAGGUCAUUGCAAGAAUCGUGGAUGGCAGUAAAUUCGAUGAAUUCAAAGCUUUUUACGGAGAUACAUUAGUCACAGGUUUUGCAAGAAUAUUUGGAUACCCGGUGGGAAUCAUUGGGAACAACGGAGUCCUGUUUUCAGAGUCGGCAAAAAAAGGAACUCACUUCAUUGAACUCUGCUGCCAAAGAAAUAUUCCACUUGUUUUUCUACAGAACAUCACAGGGUUCAUGGUUGGAAAAGAAUAUGAAGCUGGCGGGAUAGCAAAGGAUGGGGCCAAGAUGGUAACUGCAGUAGCGUGUGCCAACGUUCCUAAAAUCACUGUCCUCAUCGGAGGGUCGUACGGAGCUGGCAACUAUGGAAUGUGUGGACGGGCGUACAGCCCAAGAUUCCUGUACAUGUGGCCUAAUGCACGGAUAUCGGUGAUGGGAGGUGAACAAGCAGCCACAGUCUUGGCAACUAUCACAAAGGACCAGAAAGCCAGAGAGGGAAAGCAGUUUUCUGCAGAAGAGGAAGCAGCCCUAAAAGAACCAAUAGUAAAACGGUUUGAAGAGGAAGGAAGCCCAUAUUUUUCCAGUUCAAGGCUGUGGGAUGAUGGGAUUAUUGACCCUGCUGACACAAGGCUGGUGCUGGGUUUGAGUCUCAGUGCUGCCCUCAAUGCUCCUACCAAGAGCACACGCUUUGGAGUCUUCAGAAUGUGAUCAACUUUUGGAAAUUAUCUUUAUAUGACAAGGGGUGUAGUGAGAUUUGGAACUAACUCAUGGGCUGGUUUGACAAAUAAAAAAUUCUGUAUACAA